UUCGUUCAACUCUGCGAAGAAUGCGUCGGUUUUCCAUCAUUUGGAUAAGUACGUCUUUGCUGUCCCUAAUAUUGUUCAUCGAUUGUGCAUUCGGCCUGUAUGAAACGUCGCCUCAUAUUAUUGUGUUUAUGGCUGACGAUUUGGGGUGGAAUGACGUUAGUUUUCAUGGAUCGAAUCAGAUACUAACUCCUAACAUCGAUGCACUCGGGUACAAUGGGAUUAUACUAAACAGACACUAUGUACUACCGUCAAGCACGCCAUCCAGGACAGCUUUUUUCACUGGACAGUAUCCAAUCCGUAUCGGGAUGCAAGGAGCUGACAUUCGCGGUGGCGAACCACGUGGCCUGCCACUCGAAGUCAAAAUUUUACCAGAGUAUUUACGAGACUUAGGAUAUACCACGAAAUUAAUUGGAAAAUGGCAUAUGGGUUACUAUACACCUCAGUACACGCCAUUGCAUAGAGGCUUCGAUACGUUCCUCGGUUUUUACAACAGCUAUAUUUCUUACUACGAUUAUAGCUAUUCGAAUCAGAACAUGAGCGGAUACGAUAUGCAUCGCGGGGACGAUCCAGCUUACGGGAUGAAUCGCGAAUACGCGACAGACAUGUUCACCCGUGAAGCGAUCAACAUCAUCGAGAAUCACGAACUUAAUAGGCCUCUUUAUCUCCAGUUAUCGCAUCUUGCUGUUCACGCACCUUUAGAACAACCAACGAACGUGUACAACGAUAGAGAGCCUAUACACAUUCGCGAGCCGAAUCGUCGCAAAUACGCUAAAAUGGUGUCGAAGUUGGACGAGUCGGUUGGGCGCAUAUUUCACGCGCUAGGCGAGAAAGGAAUGUUGAAGGACUCCUUGAUUCUGUUUCUAACCGAUAACGGAGCAGCUUCGGUCGGUAGAUACAGGAACUACGGCUCCAACUAUCCCUUAAGAGGGACAAAAUACACGUUAUACGAAGGAGGCGUAAGAGGAGUCGCGGCAUUGUGGUCGUCCAGGCUGCAGAAAGCAGCCCGCGUAUCCAAUGAAUUGGUACACAUAACGGAUUGGUUGCCAACAUUAUACUCUGCAGCUGGUGGAGAUCCGAACGAUCUAAGCAACAUCGACGGAAUCGAUCAAUGGCGUCUACUUAGUGAAGGACGUGGACGUGGAGGUGGCAGAGAUAAAAUUUUGUUGAAUAUCGACGAAGUUUUAAAAACUGAGGGAGCGAUCUAUAGUCGAUUUAAAUUGUUGAGGGGUACCAACGAAAAUAGUUAUUACGACGGAUACUAUGGCGACUCUGGAAAGACGUUAGAGACGCUACCUACGUACACGGAUAUCGUGAUGAAAAGUACCGUUUCUGAGAGUCUCACUUAUCAUUUGGGUGGUCCGGUGACACAACCGAGUACAAUGGUACGAUUACGGCAAGAUGCAACGGUUCAGUGUAAUGCAAAUUUCACGUAUUACCGCAGACAGAUGCUCACGCCUUGCAACGUCACGGAAUGUUUAUUCGACAUAGUGAACGAUCCAUGCGAAACAAGGAACAUCGCGAAAACGUAUGUCAGGAUCGCCAGAGACUUGAACUAUGAUCUGGAACAGUAUAGCCACAGUUUGAAGAAGCAAAUGAAAAAACCGAUCGAUUGGUCGGCAGAUCCGAGAAAUAGAAACGAUACGUGGGGACCGUGGGUGAAAUCAGGGGAUGCGCUGUGCAACGCUGCAGCUGUACUUGGCAACUUAGUCUACUACAUCCACAUAUCGGUGAUUUUGGUUUCGAUAUUACUGAGCAAUUUUAUAUGACCAUGCAACGUUUGUUCGAGCAGUGAUUCUAUAAGGAAAUAUUGUCGCAGCAUCAAAUGAUUGUCGAAAAUCGAAAAUCAGUUGACUCAACUUGAAAUGGCGCACAGAGUUUUAAACAACAGGGUAAUAAUUUGCCAAACUGAACAGUUUUUGAAGAGUCAAGUAGAACAUAUUUAUUUGUGGUCGUUUUAUCAUCAGAAAUUUUAGCAAAGUAAAUAAACGUUUCAAAAGAAUAGCACAAUUUUUAAUAUUUUAUGCUGCUAUUUGUAUUUUAACUAGUUCAAUCUUUUAUGUUCUAUAAUUAAUAAUUUUAUAUUGCAUUAAAUUUAUAUAAAAUUAGACGUUUCUAGCGAUGUAAUAUUUAACAGCGCAAUCGGUUUGAUUGUUAAAGCAAAGCGGUUACAGUUAGAACGCUAACAAUUUGGAACGUAAAUUGUUAUUGUUACUAAAACAACUAGGAAUAACGUUCAUAGUCGAGCGAUUUCAUCGAAAGAAAAUGUAAAAAUAUGGCUGGCAAUGCUUCGGGUUAACUGGUGAAUUAUGACGAUAAAUAUGAUUAGCGAGGCAGAAAUUGAAAUAAAUGGCUUCAUAUCUACGUUGUAAUUAACGAUUUUGCCGACCUUGCUGCGUAAUUCAAACGAAUAUGUAAUUUAGGUGCUUUGGACGAUAGCCUUAUAGCGAAGUAUACUCGUUACCUGCCAUAACUUAAGUCGUUUGUUUAGCAGUCGAGUUUUACGAGUUUAUUAUUUACGAAAUGUCCAUACUGUUUACUAAUUCUGUUUAAAUUAAAAAUUAUACAUCUGAUAAGAAUUGGGAAAACGUUCCAUUUGCAUUACAAUUCCAAGUUUAAUGUACAUACGCAAAUAUUUUAAACAUGCGAUUAAUUUAUUUACGUAAAUACAACGAUACGAGUUCCAUAGGAUAUUUUAAAAUACGAAUAAAAUAAGUGGUAAAUCUCACAGAGAGAAUAAAGUUAUCGAAUACAAAA